UUGUCCUUCAACUUCACGAGCUUCGAGCCGUGCUGCGACCCGUCCGCCGUCAGGCUAUACGGCGACGCUCACUGCGCGGAUUCCGGCGUCCGGCUCACCGGGUUCAACUACUACGUCUCCGGUCAGGCCAGGUACCCGAAACCGAUGCGGUUGUGGGACCGGUCCACUGGCCAUCUGGCCAACUUCACCACCGCUUUCACCUUCGCAAUCGACAACGACGGCGGCGCCUGGACCUGCGACGGCCUGGCGUUCUUCCUCGCCUCCGCCGACUACGUCGCCCCAACCGGCGACGCCUCCCAGGGCCGGCUGGGGCUGGUGGACGUAAACCACACGUUCAACGCCGCGGCGGCGGACAACCCGUUCGUCGCCGUGGAGUUCGACACCUAA